CGCGUCCCCUGGGGGCGCCGGCCACGCUCCGCCGGGGCGCCUGGAGCGGCGCGGGGACUACAUCUCCCAGCAUGCCGCCGCGCCGGCGGAGCGAGGCGAGGCGCGGUGAGUCAGAGCCGCACAGUAAAUAUUUGUAUUAGCCGGAGCCGGCUCGCUAAUGGUGGACGCGUGAGGCGGAGGCGCGGGCGGCGGAGGGAGGCCGGAGCGGGCAGCGCGGCGGCGCCAUGUCCGUGAACAUGGACGAGCUCAAGCACCAGGUCAUGAUCAACCAGUUCGUGCUGACGGCGGGCUGCGCGGCCGACCAGGCGAAACAGCUGCUGCAGGCGGCCCACUGGCAGUUCGAGACAGCCCUCAGCGCCUUUUUUCAGGAGACCAACAUCCCCUACAGCCACCACCACCACCAGAUGAUGUGCACUCCUGCCAACACCCCUGCCACACCCCCCAACUUCCCUGACGCUCUCACCAUGUUCUCCCGUCUCAAGGCCUCCGAGAGUUUUCACAGCGGUGGCAGCGGCAGCCCAAUGGCUGCGACAGCCACGUCACCCCCACCGCACUUCCCCCAUGCCGCCACGGGCAGCUUCUCGACCCCCAGCUGGCCCACGGCCGCCUCGCCCCCGGGGGGCCCACAGCACCACCAGCCACAGCCACCCCUGUGGACUCCGGCACCCCCUUCUCCGGCUUCAGACUGGCCACCCCUGGCCCCCCAACAGGCCACCUCGGAACCCAGGGCCCACCCUGCCAUGGAGGCAGAGAGAUAAGGGAGGCCCCUCCCCCCUCCCGGAGCCCAGGACCCCGUGGGGCGGGGGAGAGGACGUCUCCGCGGGCCCCCUUCACCCCUUUUAUGUCUGCACCCCUUGGUCCCUGGAGCCCUGGAGGGGAAAGCACGGACUCUAGCCAGGCAGGGACAUGUCUGGUGCCAAAACACGCAGCUGCCCACACGCAAGGUCAUGGCCAGCACAUGGAGUGGUUCAGAGCAGCCUGGGUGCCUGGCGGACAGAACUUCAGAGACCACGUGGCCUUCCUUCGAAGACGAAUCUGCCCCACCUGGCCCAGGGGUACUGCAGAGGACCAUCCUGGCGGAGACAUCACUGAUCCCUGGCUUGGAGCUCCUUGGGGGCCGGCAGGCCUCGACCCCCACCCUAAGGAAUGCAGAGCCUCUCCGCAUGUGUGCGCGUGGCCGUGUCUGUGUAUUUCUACAUGUGUCGCUCUUCAGAAGCAACUUAGUUCCCGGGGCAGCUGGACUUUGCAUGUUAGAGUGAGCCCCCAGCCCUCUGCCCGCCGCCCCCUCCCCAGGGCCCUGCCUCCUGCCCCACCCGCUCAUCAGCCAGCGUUGCUGUUCCUUGCAGAGAAAAGGAUUGUGGGAAACUCCAGGACUCUUCCCACCGCCUCCCAGCGCCUGCCUGCUGGGGCCACCUGCAUGCCUCCCCCUGCGCCUGGGGGUACCCGCAUCCACUUCCUUUCCCCCUUUUAACAAAAGAGAAGAACGAAUUCCAAACCAC